AAAUGCAAAGUAUCCGCUUAGCUAUUAGUAAUAAUGAAAGUGAAAGUCCAGAAAUAACCACUGCUAAUGAAAGCGUUGAAAUCAUCACAUCUAAUGAAAGCACAGGAACAAUUGUUAAUAAAGGUUCUGAA